UGCUUCUCCACUUUCUGGUUCUACUGUGAAACAGGGUUUGGUUGACCAAAGUUCAUUUGCUUGGCUUCGCUCCUUUGAGAAAGAGAAAAAGGAAAAAAAAUGCAAUCUCUAUCGCUGACUCUGAGCAAGAGGCUCUCCAAUUCCAAGCCUCUCUUCAGAAUCUCAUCCAACCUCGUCGCCUAUGCUUCAACUACCUCUUCUUCCUCUCUGCCACCGUCACCUCCGAUCUCCACCGCAGCCAACGGCAGUGCCUGUGCUCCAUCCACUCUCAACAAAUUUCUCACCGCUCCAUCGUUCGCCACUCAAACCCGCGGAAUCACUGUCUCUGGAUCUGAUGUUAGAGUUGGAAAUCUCAUUGAGAACCAAGGGCGCAUUUAUGAGGUUCUUAAACUAUAUCACCCUCAUGGAGGAAAAGCCACUAUCAAGGUUCCACCUCAUGCUGUUGCUGGUUACGCCACAGUUACUGCAACAGAGGGUGACAUCAAAAGGAAUGAACGAAACAGUGGAUUGAGAAAUGAAAGCCCGAAGACAAAGAGAGAGCAGCUCCUAAAAGUCACUGCAGCUGUCCCACUUCUUUUAAUAUACCCAAACGCCUAUUCAUUGCUCCUGGCAAAUUUCUUUUUAUUCUGGCACAUAAGUGCGGGGAUCGAAGAGAUUUUGGCAGAUUAUGUUCACCAUGAAAUGACCAGAGAAUUUGUCUCGAUAUCUUUCAGAUUGUUCCUGAUAAUCGCAAUGAAGGAUGUCUUCUUAAAAUUUGUAUUUGUAUAAUCAGAUAGCGCAUGGGUUGUGCUGGGAUUACCUUACAAUAAGAGCUCAUUGUGGAGCAAACUUGAGAAAACCGUUAUUUGUAGUUUUCUGUCGUUUUUCAAAUUUAGAGGCAAGUCAACAUGUUAACUAUGGUUUAUCAAGUUAAUGGAUGAAUUUCAAUAUUUGUAUGCCUGUAUGACAUAUGCCUUCCAUGC